GGCGGUUGUUGAUGCCGCUGUCAGAAGUCAUUCAUCGCAGAGGAGAGCUAGCAGGUAACAAUGCAGUUCCUGGGCCGGCUGUUGGACACUGUGUCCUCGGUGUCCACCCUCUUCACCAACCCCUACCGGGUCAGGGAUGUGCCGCUGGCCGACUACGGUGGAGGUGGCAAAGUCAUGCUGAAAGAGGAGGGACGCAUGGUCCUGUACAAGAACACCCAGUGCCAGUCAUGGGACUGUCUGCUCAUGUGCCCUGAGAUGCCUACUGUGACUCUGAGGCUGUUUCAGGUGGCGUCAGAGGAGGACGCCAUGAACUGGUUUCCCCAAUAUGCCCUCAAGCUUCGUCCUUUCUAUGAGACGCUUCCAUUGAAGGCUGAGACCGCCCAGCCAAUCGUAGACUGCAUCCGCAGCCACCCAGACUGGAGUUCGGCCCACAUUGCCGUGGAGACAGGCCUGAGAGAGUGCCUCAAACAUAACUAUGUCCAGAGUCAGAUCAAUGCUCGGGAUGCAUCAGGUCAGACGCCGCUGCACCUGGCAUGUGAGCGUGGCGACUCGGCAUGUGUGAAGGAGCUGCUGGAGGAAAGCCAGGCUCGCACUGACAUCAAAGACCGCAACGGAGAGACGCCCAUGCACUGUGCCGCCAAGCAGGACACCCCUGCCAUCAUCCAGGUCCUGUGCUCGCGGUUGUGCUCGGGGGUGAAUGAGCUGAACAACAAUGGGGAGACGCCGCUCCAUGUGGCCUGCCGUCUCGGACGCAUGGAGUCCGUCAAGGCACUGUUGGGCGGUGGGGCCAAGUGUGAUGUCGUUGGUGGCGCUGGCUACCCCAUCCACGCUGCCAUGAAGUACAGCGAGAAGGGCUGUGUGGAGGAGAUCCUCAAAGCGGACCCAGGCCAGCUCCAGGCUGAGGACUCUUUGUAUGGAGGGACACCUCUGCACUGGGCCAAAACUGCUGAGAUGUGUCGUAUACUGCUGGAACAUGGCUCUGCAGUCAACUACCUCAGUAAGACCGGAGAGAGCCCCCUCCAUAUCCUGACCAAGAAGGGCCGCUUCGAGGCGGCCAUGGUGCUGCUCACCCACGGAGCGAAUGCCAACCUGAAGGGCCAGGAUGGAAACACAGCCCUGCACCUAGCUAUGAAGAUGGACCACAUGGAGCUAAUCAAAGCUCUUAUUGUGUUCGGUGCUGAUGUGGAGAUCCACAACGACCUGGGAGAGACACCUGGACUCAUCGCUGCUCGCACCAGCAAAGGUCCUAAUAGAAAGAUACUGCUGGACAUGCUGUGUAGUGUAGGGGUCCAGCGGUGCCUCCCACCCUCCCCCGGCAGUCCUCCCCCCAUCACCAAUGAGGCCAAGCCUGCAGGCAUAGGAUUUGAGGACAUCAUGUAUGUUGGAGCUGCAGUCAGUGCAAUGAGCAGAGGCACGUCUGAAGUGGACGGCCCCAAGAUGAAGAAAAAGAAGAUGGACAGUCUCCUCUGCCUGGAUGGUGGAGGUAUUAAAGGCUUGGUGUUGAUCCAGAUGUUGAUUGCUCUGGAGAGAGAGGCUGGUCAGCCCACCAGAGAGCUCUUCGACUGGGUGGCUGGCACCAGCACUGGGGGCAUCUUGGCCCUCGCCAUAAUCCAUGGCAAGUCCAUGGAGUACCUGCGCUGCCUGUACUUUAGGAUGAAGGAGCAGGUGUUCAAGGGCUCACGGCCUUAUGAAUCAGCACCACUGGAGGACUUCCUGAAGAAAGAGUUCGGAGAGAACACCAAGAUGACAGAUGUCCGAUACCCCAGGGUGAUGGUGACCAGUGUUCUAGCAGACAGACAUCCAGGCGAGCUGCACAUCUUCAGGAACUAUGACCCUCCCUCCGUCCAAAGAGAGCCCCCCUAUGCUACAACUGCCACGUUUAAGCCCCUCACCAUCCCACAAGAACAACUUGUGUGGCGAGCGGCCCGCUCCAGUGGCGCUGCCCCAACCUACUUCCGACCAAUGGGCCGCUUUCUGGAUGGAGGGCUGCUGGCCAAUAACCCGACACUGGACGCCAUGUCAGAAAUCCAUCAGUACAAUAAAGCCUUCAAAGCAGAGGGCCGUGAGAAGGAAAUCAAGAAGUUGGGUGUAGUGGUCUCCCUGGGUACAGGUAAACCUCCUCAGGUGGUGGUGAGCUCUGUGGACGUUUUCCGGCCCUCCAACCCUCUGGAGCUGGCCAAGAGCUUCGUAGGAGCCAAGGAGUUGGGCAAGAUGCUGGUGGACUGCUGUACAGACUCUGAUGGCUGUGCAGUGGACAGAGCCAGUGCCUGGUGUGAAAUGAUCGACACCAUCUACCACAGAUUGAGUCCCCAGUUGUCUCAGGAAGUGAUGCUGGAUGAGGUGAGUGAUGCGGUUCUGGUGAACAUGCUGUGGGAAACCCAGAUGUACCUGUAUGAGAAGAGGGAACACCUGCAGUCCCUGGCAAAGCUGCUGGUGGACAACUAAAGGCGCAAGAAAACCAGAAGGAGAGGCUGCAAAGAUGGGACUGUGAGAGCAGAAGAGAUGGAGAGUACGAGAGCAAAGGGUAGUCCAGUUAGUGGAGUCAGAGACGAGUGACUGAAUGAGGCACAAAGAUUAGUGAGCCAUGUAUCGCGUUCUUAAGACUGUAACGUCUGUGUUGGUGUGCUCUUUCUUUAAGGUAAACAUCCUUGAGACGAUGUGACCACAGUGACUUUGAUAUUCAAACUGAAAUGUCAGUACACAGUAGCAAAUGUGUAAAACAGGACAUACAAUGAAAACUAACACAGAAAAACCACUGACUUAAUGUAGCCUGUUGAAAGGCCAGUUAUAUGUAGCAUCAUGUGACCGUAUCACUAUCGUGGUUCAUGAAGUUUAUGGUUUGUGUUGGAACCAGUGAAGGAGAGUGUAAAGUUGUCCCGGCUUUUGUAUUUGAAUACGAAGGAAAUGUAAGAGGAAGUGACAUCAACCAAAUCAAACUAAAAGUAGCACAGACUGACCGCGACUCUGUCAGCCAACCGUUGCCCUCGCCCACACUUAUAUAUUGGCUAACAGAGUCAGAACAUGUUUGAAUUUUGAUUGGUUGUGAUAUAAUCACUUGAUAACACUCCUCCUUAUCCCCCCUUGUCUUCUCUGCUUUUUUACCCAAGUAGCUUUCAUCAUAUGGCCUUUUCCAUAAGGCCAUAUGAUGAAAGGGACCUUGCAGUACAACUGCAAAAUCUGCAGUGUACUGUAACAUAGCAUUGAUGAUGGUGACAGUGAACCAGUUCUGCCUUAUGUGUCUGGGACCCAAAUUUGUACCUUUGUUUUCUGCACAACACAUUUUCAUGCCUUUAUUGUGUAAAUUAUUUGUACUGGCUUUCAACACAAUGUUGACUUUACAUCCACUGAUAAGUUGCUUGCACUCACCUCUCUGUCUACUGUUCAAGUGUAUUGAGCACAUACAUGUUUUUAACAUGCACUGUUACAACUGGACUUGAAACUAGACUUGAAUUUUCAGGUGACUUGAAGGACUAAGAAACAGAAAACACACUGCUACUUGCACAACAUAAACUAGAAGUUGCAAAUUAUUUCCUAUGUAUUUUGUAUUUGAAAUAAUCACUGAAGUGUAUACUAGUAUGGUAAUAAAAUAUAUGAAUAUGGACU